AUGGGAGUCACAUGCAAGCAAAUACCUACGGAGGCGCACUGGUCUAUCGGCAAAACUGAGAGGUACCAUGCACCUCUACGCCGCGCAUGGGACAUACUCUAUGCAGAACUCACUGACACUAUGUCCGACGACGCGAUUCUCCAGAUGGCUGUGAAGGCUGUCAACGAUACUGCUGGCCCCGAUGGACUAGUCCCGACGCUACUGGUCUUUGGAGCGUACCCACGAAUGACUGCAGAGUCACCGCCAUCCCCGUCAAUGGUCAAGCGCAGCGAGGCUAUUCAAAAGGCGACGAAAGCCCUACGCAAGAUCACGGCAGAGCACCAAGUUGCAGACGCCUUGAACACCCGCAAUGGACCAGCCACUGCAGACAUGCUCGCGCUCCCACUCCAGAGCGAAGUCUUAGUAUGGAGAGAGAGUGAUGGCUGGAAUGGCCCGUACAAGAUCGCCAGUACAGAUGGCCACAACGUCACUGUUGACAUGGUCAAUGGUCCAACGACAUUCAGAUCCACUGUCGUCAAGCCAUACUACAGACCGGACCACCUUUGGAGCGACCCCGAUGCGCCACACGCGCCGAAUGAGCCGCAUGAGCCGGUAGCAGUACCACCGGCAGUGCAACCACGCAGGAGAGGCCGCCCUCCAGGGUCAAAGAACAAGCGGAAGGCGCACGCGUACAUCACCAAGAAGGAGCAGGACGAUCUUGAGCUAGCUAUCAAGCUACGUAACGAUGGAGUGAUCACAACCUCAGGCGCCCCCUUUGAAGCGUCUGAUGACCAAGAGAUCAGCGACCUCGUAGGUCGUGGAGUCUUUAAAUUUGAGCAAUACGACGAGAGGCUACACAGCAAGAUCCGGAUCUUCAAGUCACGCCUAGUACUUAUCCAAGGCUACCAGGACCACGGCAAGGAGACUAUUCUGACGCAAUCUCCAACCAUACAGCGAUGUAGCCAGCGCCUGAUUAUGUCGCUGGCGCCCGAGAUGGUACAACGCGGAAUGAACAUCGAGCUCCGUGACAUUACGCAGGCGUAUCCCCAGGCGCAGACAGCCCUGAAGAGGACGAUACUCGCACAUCUUCCUACUGAGCUAGUCCAUCGAUAUCCAGAAGGCACGCUACUCCAUGUGAUCAAGCCGCUGUAUGGAAUCGCUGAGGCAGGAGUCCACUGGUGGACAACGUAUCACGGACACCAUUGCAAGGAACUGGACAUGGCAACAUCGACGUACGACCCAUGCCUAUUGAUCACGAACAGAGACGACGCAGGCAUCUUCGGCAUCGUUGGCAUGCAGACAGACGACACUCUCAUGCUCGGGACACCAGCGUUCUCGUCACGUGAAGAGAAGAAGAUCCAGAAGGCAGAGUUCAGGUCAAAGCCAAAAGCAAGGCUGACACCAGAAGUGCAGUUAGACUUCAAUGGAUGUACACUCACGAUGGACGCCAGCAGAGUCUUGACCCUUAGGCAGAAAGGACAAGGAGGAAGGAUCAGGCUUGUGGAUAUCAGGGCACCCGACCGCGCGCAACAGUACACCGAGCAGCGCGCCCGCGGAGCGUACAUCGCAUCAACAUGCCAACCAGAGGCGUCAUUUGACCUGUCCGUCGCUGCUCAAGCUCAGCAACCAUCAGACGAGGACAUCAAGGCACUCAACAAACGCCUGAAAUGGCAGAUGGAGAAUCUCGAUCGUGGCCUGCGCUACGUCACUGUCAAUCUUAUGGAGGCCAAGUUGAUGGUCUUUGUGGAUGGCUCCUUUGCCAACAACAAGGACCUCAGCUCACAGCUAGGCUUUGUCCUUAUGCUCGUCAACGAGUCUAUUGACGUCAACACCUUCACAAUACAGGGCAACGUGAUCCACUACAGCUCUACAAAAUGCAAGCGCAUCACACGGAGCGUACUGGCCUCAGAGAUCUACGGCAUGGUCAACGGCUUUGACAUAGGCAUUGCAGUUGCAACCACGCUGAGGAUAGUUACAGAACGACUUAGACUACCUGCAAUUCCCUUGGUUAUUUGUACAGACUCGUACUCCUUGUACGAGUGCCUAGUAAAGCUUGGGACGACGAAGGAAAAGCGUCUCAUGAUCGACAUCAUGGCGCUGCGCCAAUCAUAUGAGCGUCGCGAGAUCACGGAGAUCCGCUGGAUCAAUGGUGAAGACAAUCCUGCAGACGCCUUCACCAAGGCAUCGCCAAACCGCGCUCUUGAACGCUUUAUUGACGGCAAUAAGCUGACAGUCCGAGUAGAGGGAUGGGUGCAGAGGCCGACAAGCUUUGAUGGUUGA